CAAAGAGUCUCCAGCACAAUCCUCAGAUGCUCCUUAUCUGGUCGAUGCUCCGAGAAUAAACAAGGAUGUCGUCGAUGAACACAAUGACAAACUGGUCCAGGAAAGGAUGAAAGACCCUAUUCAUAAGGUCCAUAAACAUGGCCGGGGCAUUGCUGAGUCCGAACGACAUAACUACGAUCUCAUAGUGGCCAUAACGGGUACGGAAGGCAGUCUUAGAAAUAUCCGACUCCCGGAUUUUCAGCUGAUGAUAGCCAGAACGCAAGUCGAUCUUGGAAAAGACGCUGGCUCCCCUCAACUG